AAAGAAACCAAACCUCAAAUAAUUCAAUCUAACAAUCUCCAAAAUUUCAAGAAGAUAAUUUUCAAGAACUUAAGCAAAAAUUUCAAUGGCAAAAAAAGCAGUGUUGAUUGGAAUCAACUAUCCAGGAACAAAAGCAGAAUUAAGAGGUUGUAUCAAUGAUGUUAAACGAAUGUACAAUUGUUUAAUCAACCGUUACGGAUUUUCUGAGGAAGAUAUAACAGUUCUUAUAGAUACUGAUGAUUCUUACAAACAACCAACUGGUCGGAACAUACGUAAGGCAUUGUGUGAUCUUGUUGGAUCUGCUGAAUCAGGUGAUUAUUUGUUUGUGCAUUAUAGUGGACAUGGUACAAGGUUACCUGCUGAAACUGGUGAAGAAGAUGAUACUGGUUAUGAUGAAUGUAUUGUUCCUUGUGAUAUGAAUCUUAUUACAGAUGAUGAUUUUAGAGAGCUCGUGGACAAAGUUCCUGAAGGUUGCCGGAUUACAAUUGUAUCCGACUCAUGCCACAGUGGCGGCCUCAUUGACAAAGCUAAAGAGCAGAUAGGGGAGAGCCACAAGCAAGGCGAUGAUGACAACGAAGGCCAGGGUUCUCGUUUCGGACUCAAGAAUUUCUUACGCCGAAAUGUUGAAGACGCAUUUGAAUCCCGAGGCAUCCACCUUCCGCGCCGCCACCGCCACCGUGAGGAAGAAGAGGAGAAUUUCCCUGAGAGUAGCGUGAUUGAGACGGAAGACGGGAAUGAAGUCCAUGUGAAGAAUAAAUCCUUGCCUCUUUCCACCCUCAUCGAGAUACUUAAGCAGAAAACCGGUAAGGAUGAUAUUGAUGUUGGGAAACUUAGGCCAACACUCUUUGACGUCUUUGGAGAAGACGCGAGUCCUAAGGUGAAGAAAUUCAUGAAGGUCAUUUUUAACAAACUACAAAAGAAAAACGAGGACGGUGAAGGCAGUGGCGGGUUCUUGGGUAUCGUUGGUAACUUGGCUCAAGAGUUUCUAAAACAGAAACUUGAUGAGAAUGAUGAGAGCUAUGCAAAACCGGCUAUGGAAACACACGUUGGAGGUAAGGAGGAAGUUUAUGCCGGUUCGGGAAAUAGAGGUCUUCCGGAUAGUGGAAUUCUCGUUAGUGGGUGCCAAACGGAUGAAACAUCUGCGGAUGCUACUCCUGCAGGUGGAGAAUCUUAUGGUGCUCUAAGCAAUGCAAUUCAGGAAAUUCUGGCUGAAUCAGACGGUCCAGUCACCUACCAGGAACUUGUUACCAAGGCUAGGAAAAAGAUGAAGAGACAAGGGUUCACUCAACGCCCAGGCCUAUAUUGUGAUGAUUAUCACGUUGAUGCUCCUUUUGUGUGUUAAUUCUGCAGUACGUUUUCUGGUUGCUGUUGAAACACAAGUUUGGUGUUAAUGAGGUGUUAUAGAACAAUAUCCCUUGUGUAUCCGUGUGGAUGUGUGGUUAUUUUGCUCUAUUUUUCAUUUUGGCUGGAGAAUAAGAUAUAAAAGAUUCGCGGUUUUCUGUAUUGUUGUGGAAACUUUGAAUCUGGGAUAAUUAUUUUGUAUACUGAAUGUGUUAUAAUUUAUGUACCAGCAUGUCUGAAUUUUUUA